AUGAGUCUCGAUCAGCCAGCCCCCGCGGCCACAUCUUUCUCACCAUCUAAUUAUUCCCAUCUCCACGGACCAGAUCCAAAACUCACUCUUUCUUCUGUUGUUAUUCCUACCGCUGAUAAUGAAGAAGAGUCGAUCUCUCAAUUUCGCGGACAUCUUCCAAACGAAAUUCUGUCAUUCAUCAUCUCUUUCGCUGAUCAAUCCACCCUCGGUAACCUUAUGGGUGUACGCAAAACUACCUAUCGCCUGGCCGCUCCUACAUUAUACUCUCAUAUCACCAUCACGAGACAAAACGCGGACAAGCUCUUUGUUGGGUUACCAAGAUCAACAGGAUGUCAAAGGACCAGGGUACCUCCUAUGGCAGAUGGUCCAACAUCUAGUCACGUGGCAAGCAGACCAAUCAAGCUACGUUGGCCUGAUGUUCGUAUGGAAUCAGAGGAUGAAGAAGAAAUCGAUCAAAGCCACACGCCUACAAAUAAAUAUGCUUAUCCUACUGUCCGUUCCGAAAAACGUAAACUCGCCUUAUUCAAAUUUACUCGAAUCAUCACUCUCACGACGCGAAUGCCGACCCAGCUGUGCCAAGAUCUUCGUGGAUGGGCUAGACGCGAAUGCAGAAAGCACAAGCGUCGUCUUUUCCCCAAAUUCGAAACUCUUAUCAUCACUGGCAAAUGCCUCAAAGACUGUGCAGAUUGGCAAGAUCGGCACCUCAUCCCUCUAGAAGAUAUAGCUGAUGAUCAGUUCUUCGGAGUUCUUCCAAUGUUAGGGCGUAUCAAGAAUCUAUGUAUCACCUCGCCUACGUAUGACGAAGAUGACUACGACGACUAUAUCUUACGACGAAGCAGACCGGACGUCGAAUUGCUUUCCAAUUCCUCUUUCAAAUCAAUGUGUACGAGGAGGUUCAAGAGGAUAGUCAACGUUGUGUUACCUGACCUGAUCGUCCAUUUUAAUGAACGACUUACGUUAUCCAAGAAAUCUCCAAACAUCACAUUUCACAAUAUCAUUAGUCAUAAGCGUCCGCCAUGUGAAAUGGAUCACACUCUCUUCCUAGCGCCUUACACUCCAGCCGAUCGACCAACAGCGCUUCAUGAGAGAUGUCCUAGAGUGAACAAGAUGACCAGGGCAUCUCAGAUGCGAGAUCUGGAUGAUACCAUCUAUUGGGAAUAUGAUUUUGACAAAAUGAUCAUAGGAGUUCCGGAUGCCGAGAUGGAAGAUAUAGACUGGGACAAGAUGUUCGAAAAGGCGAACGGAUCGGAUGCAGGACAUCCAGUCGAUGUUCAGAAAUCAAGUCAACUGUCACCUUGUCCUUGUUGUUUCACCAAGGAAGGAAUCCAAUGA